ACUCCUCCUGUGAGCCCGAGUCCUCGCCACCGCCCGUCUCUGCUUCGCUUCAAGUCAGUUCGGGUGAAUCGUGGAGAGGAGGCGAGAGGAACUCACACCAGCGUCUGCGCGUAAAAGGCACCGGAUUCCCCCCGUCAGCCUUCUGUCAGUGGAACCUCGAGUAGACUCAAGUCUGGCACUGACUUGCAUCCACCAUGGGGGACGUCAUUUCCAGUCACCUGGAUGAAGCCAAGCGGGAGAUAAUCACAGCUCGGACUGCGGUGGUUAACGGGGAGUUUGGCCGCCUGUAUGAGCAGCAGUAUGCAGUGGCUCUCUUCAACAAAGUUCGCUUUGACGUGGAAGGAGGAGGCGGCCCGCAAGCGCAGCUACUGCACCGCAAGAUUCCUCUGGAAAACAAGUCCAUCUUCUCUGGCUCGCUCUUUCAGUACCUGGAAGAGAGCAAGAAGUGGAGGAACCGCUUCCUCUUCGUCCCAGACUCCUACAACAUCAACUGUUACGACAACAAAGCGUCCCACGACAGAGGCCUCCAUCCCAAAGGAACCAUAAACUGUGCCGGCUACAAAGUGCUGACGUCCAUGGAGCAGUACCUGGAUCUGAUCAGCAACAGCCUGCCUGAUGUGAAAGCCAAGGCGGGAAGCUCUCCCUUCCUGAAGUGUGCCAGCCAGUUCCCUCUGGUCCUCUGGCACCCUUACGCCCGCCACUACUACUUCUGCGUGGCGACGGAGAAGGAGCAACAGAAGUGGCUCGCCGUUCUGCAGGACUGCGUCAGACACGCCAAUGACGGCCUGUCCGAGGAGAAUAAAGUCCAAACGCCAGCCUUCACCGACGCAGUGCGACUCUACCGCCAGGCUCAAGGGCACUACGGCACCUGGGACAUGAUGUGCGGUGUCGCGCCGCAGAUCCUGUCUAACCUGGUGAUGGAGGGUCUCCUCCCGGAGCUGAGGGAGCUCAUCUCCCCGCGGCUCAAAGGCAAACUGCACGAGAGGCAGAGGAACUGGAUGCUGAUCAGCGAUGCGGUGUACAGCCUGGUGCAGGGCCAGUGUCAGACCCAGUACGAGGCGGUGCUGCAGGGGUGCGAGGCGGCCCGCUGCUCUCUGGAGGCCUCCAUCCGAACGGACAUGGACCAGAUCAUCACGUCCAAGGAGCACGUCACCAACAAGAUCAAGGCCGUGGUUCUCCCCAAGGCUGAGAAGCUGUUGAAGGUGAGCAUCCAGCCCUACAUCAGCUCCAUCCUGGAUGCCCUGAUGGAGCCGACCAGCCGCGGCUUCUCCGAGGUCCGCGACGUGUUCUUCAGAGAGCUGGUGGACAUGAGCAAGAACACCCUCAACGAGGGCACCAAGGAGACCGUGGCACAGCACAUGGAGAAGAUCUCCAUGCUGGCCUUCCACCCGGUGAAGAUGAACAGCUGCUACGAGAAGGUGGAGCACCUGAGCCUGGAGGGGCUGCAGCAGCGGUUCGACGUCUCCAGCCCCUCGGUGUUCGUCCAGAGGGCCCAGAUCCUCAUGAGAGAGCAAAUGGACGAUGCCGUGUAUACGUUUGAGCAGAUCCUUCACCAGAGCCUGGAGUCUCUGGGCACAGACGAGCUGUGUAAGACCAUCCAGCGCUGCCAGGACCGAGUCAUCAAGAAGUUUGACUACGACAGCAGCACGGUGAGGAAGCGUUUCUUCCGCGAGGCCCUGCUCCAGAUUUUCAUCCCCUACAUGCUGAAGCAGCUCAGCCCCUCCUGUGGCUCGGAGCUGCCGCGCUUCCAGGAGCUGAUCUUUGAGGACUUCUCCCGUUUCAUCCUGGUGGAGAACAUCUUUGAGGAGGUGGUGCUGCACUCGGUCAUGAAGGACAUCAUGAUGGCUGUGAAGGAGGCGGCGGUCCAGAGGAGACACAACCUGUACAGGGACAGCAUCGUGCUCAGCAACAGCGACCCCAGCCUGCACCUGCUGGGGGAGAGCCCCUCCAUCGACUGGGCGAAGGAGGUCGGAGGAGCCGCGGCGGGGGAGGACGGCGAGGACGGCGGCGAGGGCGAAGGUGGGGAGCACCACAAGACGAGGAGGACGAAGCAGGUUGUGUCCAUGAUCCAGGUGGAAGACCCCUCCAUCACGCUCGACCCGCUGGGCGGAAACGACGCCAUCCCGGAGGGGGACGAGGAGGAGCCGGAGAAGGAAGGAGGCGGCGAGGAAAACGUGGGCGGCAAGGCCUCCCCUGAACUGAACGAGCCCGCGAGUCCCAAAGCGCCGGCGAACCCUCCGGCCUUGUCAAAUGGUUCUGUCCUGAAGGAGGAGGAUGAGGAGGAGGACGCCAAACCACAGGAGCAGGUUAAAGACGCCUCGCUCAAGGUCGAGUCUGCGACAGGAAGUGCCUCGGCAUCAGAGGAGAAGGAUGCGGCAGAGGACGGCAAGCCGAUGCUGGACGGUAAAGCACCCUCCAAACCAGAAGAGCAGGUUAAAGACGUCUCACUUAAGGUCGAGUCUGCUCCAGGAAGUGCUUCGGCCUCAGAGAAGGGUACAGGAGAGAAGGCUACAGGAGAGAAGGAUACAGGAGAGGUGAAGGAUGCGGGAGAGGAGAAGGAUGCGGGAGAGGAGAGGGAUGCGAGAGAGGAGAAGGAUACAGGAGAGGUGAAGGAUGCGGGAGAGGAGAAGGAUACAGGAGUGGUGAAGGAUGCGAGAGAGGAGAAGGAUACAGGAGAGGUGAAGGAUGCGAGAGAGGAGAAGGAUACAGGAGAGGUGAAGGAUGCGAGAGAGGAGAAGGAUACAGGAGAGGUGAAGGAUGCGAGAGAGGAGAAGGAUACAGGAGAGGUGAAGGAUACAGGAGAGGUGAAGGAUGCGAGAGAGGAGAAGGAUACAGGAGAGGUGAAGGAUACAGGAGAGGUGAAGGAUGCGGGAGAGGAGAAGGAUACAGGAGUGGUGAAGGAUGCGGGAGAGGUGAAGGAUGCGGGAGAGGACAGCCAGCCGAUGCAGGACGAACAACCACCCUCCAAACCAGAGGAGUCAGAGGAGGCGUUGCCUCCAGCGCCUCCCAGUGAAAUCCUGUCGGGGGCCACAGGAACGGAUCCAGAGACGGCUCCACGGGUCCCAUCCGCCUUCCCACCGCCUCCGCACGACGACAGCGGUUUCCAGUCGCCCACCAGCCAAGGAGCAGGGGGGGCGGAGGCGGCGGCGCUCGUCUCCUCCGGAGGCGGGGGGGCCGCCACCACCGCCGCAGACUCUUCGACCGGCGAGCAGUGAUGACACGACGUCUUGACUUUGCUCGACCCUGAACUGAAUCCUGCCCGGUUGCCGUCGCCGUCUCUCCGGACCAAACAUUCGAAACGCACUCCGUGCUGUUUGAACCACAUUCGUUUGGUGGUUUUUUUGCCCCGUUUCCACGCGAGUUUCCAGCUUAUAAUCACUCACCGAGCAGGGCUCAGGUGCUGUCGUCAUCUCUCUUCUUUCUUUUUUUUUAUAGUUGUCAUUUUUCCCCGUGUGCGUUUGUGAUUCUCUAGAUUUUUUGGAUGUGACAGAAAAGCCCUCGGCAAAACACUUGAGCCUUUCACACUUUUCCUUUUAGUUUUUAGUUUUUCUUCACCCGGUGGUAAAUGUGAGCACGGUGGCCGACGACCUCUGGUCCGUGACGGCUCGAGGAUCGCCGGCGCUGUUGGUGAAACACUUGUAAACCGAUCGGGCUCGUGGGUCGGCCCCGUCCGGCCCCCGUGCGGCCCCUCGGUGCGACGUUGGUGUGUGAGUACAGUCUGUCCUUUUGGGAAAACUCAGUUGGGUGAUGGGCAUCUCGAACAGUGUGAUGUAAAAAACAGAAUUCGUACCGGUCAUCGAGUGAUUAGCAGAAAACUAGGCUCCAGAAUGAGGAAAGAGUCAUUUCAUGUUCACGCUGACGUUUGGAGACUUGGCCGUUUCCUCCUGUGCUGGUGGGAGUAACACUAUUUUAUGAGUCUGUCCUUAAACAAAGAAAUGUAUGUAUAUAUAUAAUAUGCGUCUAUGACCAAUCUCUUUUUACGUAAUUUUAUAUGAUUUCAGCGAUGCCUCCACUGACCCCUCGUUUUAUUUAUUGCUUUUCACCCCCCCCCCCUCUCUUUCUUGACCAAUUUUCUUUUAGAUGUAUUUUUACUCUUCUUUACAAAUGACUGUUAUUGGUAAUAAAUCAUUAUCGAUUAAAUAUUA